AUUUCCAGCCAUGACUCAGACAUAGAUUUCGCUGACCUUCUACCUCCUUCUCUCGACGCCCUCACCGAGUCCCCAAAUCCCCUCUUGCCGAUAAAAUCCUGAGUAUACAUUGCACCGCAGACCUGAACCCCUCCACCCCGCCGCCGCCGCCGCGGACCUUAAUCAGACCCAACCCAAACAACCCCCCCACCAAACCCAAUAAACUCACCUCCAACACCCGGGAAAACCACCUACCACGCCAAACCCCCCAACCUCAAUCCCCCAAAUCGACCAGAGAACCCGAGCCCCAGCCCAACAAAAUGGGUGAACUCAACCCCUCCGACCCCUCCUACCAAAGCAGCACCACCACCACCAACAGCAGCAGCAGUACCCUCACCAUCUCCACGACCCUCGUCACCCGAUGCCGCACCCUCCUCGCCGAACUCACCGCGCUGCAAUCGCUCCUCGCGCAGACGCAACGCAACCCGCAGAUCGUGGAAGUGCGGUCGCUGCGCUCGAGCGUGCUCUCCGAGCUGCGCAUGCUGGAGAAGCUCGAUGCGCAGGUGCAGGAAGCUACAGCAGCAGCAGCAGCAGCAGCACCGGAACAUGAUGAUGCAGGCGCAAAGCAUGGCGACGGCGACGACGAGGUGCGGGCGCGGUUGACGCAUGCGUUGAGGUCGUCGAAUCUGCCGUUCUACGAGGCGGUGUGGGCGAUUGCGAAGGGGUCGUGUUCGGGGUUGGUGGCGUUUGGGAAGCGGUUUUAUUGGGGUGGUGAGGUUGAUAAUUCGGGCAAGGGGACGGGGAUAAGUCAUGAUGGGGCCGGGGAGCAGAAACAAAAGAAAAGGAGCAGCAAGGAUAAGAAGAAGAGUGUGUUUGUGGACAUUGUGGCGGAGGAUGGGGAUGAGUGGGUGAAGGUGUCGACCAUCUCGGAGACGAGGUUGUUGUUUGAGAUGGCGAAGAAAGGGUGGGAGGCGGAUGAUUCGGAGGAUGAGGCUCCGAGGACGGUGCUGCGGAAUCAUGAGAAUGGGACGGGGACAGAUGAUGAGGACGAGGAUGAUGAUGAUGAUGAUGAUGAUGAGAUCGAGCUGGUCAAGCUAGCUAGUGAUAUGAGGAAAGCGGCUGAUGUUACGAGGGUCAGGUAUAGAACGCCGCGUCUGCGGUUCGUCAUUCCUAAGAUAGAGGAAGGCUCGAGUCCCGAGAUCGAUGGUCUGCUGAAGGUCAUACGUGGGUAUGGGAUCGAUGUGACUUGUGGGGAGAAUGUAUAUUCUUCGCAAAGCGAGACCACGCAGGCUGAAGCGCUGGAGAGGCUGCUCCCUAAGCCCUUCAAGCAUUUCACGUCUACUCUAAAUAUGGACUGUACAUUGCUGCUCGCGGCAGUCUCGGACUUGUCGCAUUACAAAGAUAUUUCCACCUCCCCCAUUCAUCACAAGGCCAUCAAUCGUCAGAUUGAGGUUGAGCACAGCCGCCCACUGCUCCCCACGGAGUUGUGGCCGGCAAUGGUAGGCCGUGAUCUGGUCUGCACCGAAGAAGCCGCCCAGAGAAUGCAGGAAAUCGUCAACAUCAUCGGCACCGAAACUGAGAAGCAGCGGAUGAGAAUUUUAAUGGGUCAUGACUCCUUUGCUGAAUGUACUCCUGAGGGCCUCAGGGAGGCCUAUCAGAAGCUGUCAGAUUAUGAGAUCCCUGCUGAAUGGAGACUUCCCGUGGUGACAGUUAAUGCGAAACCCACAAUAGCUUCUGCGAAGGAUCUCGCCAGACUUCCGCCUGUCUAUGAAAAGGUCGAGCAGGUGCUAUCUGACAUCAAUCACAGCGUGUUCUUGUACGGGUGGGCUGCCGGUGUGAUGACGAUAUCAAGCAAUCGCACGGUGGUCAAACAAAUCGAGUCUAUUGUCGAGAGGAAUAGAGGGACAGACGAUAGUCUGGAGGGGCCUUCGAUUUGGGUAUGCGAUACAGCGAGGAGUUUGAUAGGGAAAGAGAAGGGCCGCAAAGACUAGAUGAUUAUACCGAAAUGCUUUAGACAAAUGAUCCCAC